GUGUCUGCAUACCUGUAGGAACUAGACCGUCGCCCAUGCUUUCAACAUUUGUUAAAUUCAAUCACGUUAUCAAUCUCAACCAUUAUCAACAACGCCUUCUCGAAACAUCUUUCCGCAGCCAUGCACUGUGUUAUUACGUUCUGGGGACAUUGGAGCAAUUAGUGGAAGACAAUGGUAUACAAUUCGAGAAAGGAGGAUUCAUAUUACCAUAGGAACACGAAUAAACACGGAAGUAAAUCGAGUGAUGGGUGUUUUGGACUGCAAACAGCUACAUGUAAAACAAGAUGCCCAGGUUUGAGGAGCUAGCAGCCCAUUCAUCAUGCCACUUACUGUCGCCCUCCACCUCUGUAUCCCCGGACCUCGGCAGCCUGGUUGCCAAGCGAUACAGUGUCCUACAGAGAUUGGGCAGGGGCAGUUUUGGCAAUAUUUACCUCGUGCACGACAUCAGAUCAAGUGACAAGGAGAAACUUAAAGUGCUGAAGGAGAUCCCUUUGGGUGACCUACAUCCCAAUGAGACCGUCCAGGCAUCCCAGGAGGCUCAGCUCCUGUCCCAGCUCAAUCACCCAGCCAUCCUCACCUUCUACAGCAGCUUCCUGCAUAGAGAUUCCUUCUGCAUCAUCACUGAGUACUGCGAGGACAGGGACUUGGACUUGAAGCUGGAGGAAGUGAGAAAGGCGGGCCAGAACUUGCCUGAGAAGCAGAUUGCUGAUUGGCUGAUCCAGCUGCUGCUUGGACUACACUACAUGCACGAAAGGCUUAUCCUUCACAGAGAUCUGAAGGCCAAAAACAUCUUUCUAAAAAGGAACAUUCUUAAAAUUGGUGAUUUUGGGGUAUCCUGUCUGCUGAUGGGUUCAUGUGACCUGGCCACCACCUUCACAGGCACGCCAUAUUACAUGAGCCCAGAAGUGCUGAACCACCAGGGUUAUGACUCCAAGUCUGAUAUCUGGGCCUUAGGCUGUGUCCUGUAUGAGAUGUGUUGCCUGUCACAUCCCUUUGAAGGACACACCUUCCUGUCAGUUGUGAUGAAGGUUGUGGAGGGGGAGACCCCCAGACUGCCAUCCAGUUACUCACUGGAGCUCAACGCAGUCAUGCAAAGGAUGCUGGAGAAAACCCCUUCAUACAGACUGUCUGCUGCAGAGGCUCUGAAGACAAAAUACAUAGAGGACAGUAUGCAGAACAUAAAACACAAGUACUGCCGUCUGACACUGACAGACAAGACAUCAGGGGGAGAAAAAGACGCAGCACAGCUGUUGAAAGCAAUGCAGAGGAAGGUGCACCUGCAGACGUUGCUGGAGAGGUCAGAGGUUGACAGAAUGACUCCCAGGGAGAGGAUGAGGCUGAGGAAGCUACAGGCUGCCGACGACAAGGCCAGAAGGCUUAGGAGACUUGCAGAGGAGAAAUACCAGGAAAACCGGACCAGAAUGCAGGAGCUGAGAAGCCGUCACUUUGAAAAAGUCAGUUUGGACGUCUUUAAUGAGAGCGCAGGGGAUGUUACCCAUCAGACAGCACCAGUUACAGCCCAGGACUACCAGUCACUGGGUUACGUACAGCAAACGGGACGACAGCCACAGAUGGACAGGAUGUGCAUGUCUGAGCCAGCGGGAUAUGAGAUCCCAGAGGAUCCUCAGACUGCAGAGGAGUACUAUUACCAGGAUGGAUUUGAGUCCUGCACUGACGAAGAGGAGGAGGAGAAAGAGAAAAGGGACACCCUGACAAUGGACACGAUUUGUCACACCGAUGCACAGGACAGUGACAUGGAAGCCAUGAUGAGGCACAUGGAGCAGGUUUUGGAAGGCGAGUUUAGCGUGUCUGAUGCAGUGUCCGCUAAGGACCAAAGACAACCCGUUGUGCCAGCGGUAACCAACAGCACCAUGAUGGAAACCAGGAUUCAACGCAUGAAAGAGUCAGUGUCGCAUCGUCUUGGUACAGUCGUUUUCCAGAGGGUUUAUGACUACCUGAAAACUGCCAGGGAGAGGCAGGAGGAUGAGGGGAGCAUCAGAAAGGCCCUUGGUGAAUUGGUGGAGAGGCCCGGUGAUGCCUUUGAGGUGGACCAACUGCUGUACUACGAGGAGCAGCUCCAGGGAGGCAGGGAGAGCAGGGUGAAAGACUCGGAUGACACUGAGUAACCUGCCACCCUGUCAUAUUGCAUGUGUCCAAGCCUUACAGGAGGAGAACGUCAUGUUGCUCAAUAGAUCAACAAAGAUCAACUGCAUUCACUUCAAGACAUGUUUUUCUGUUUGUUUUUCCUUUCAUUUCCAUGUAGAAGAAAAAGCAAUGGUCAAUUAUCUUAUAAAUCAAGGGUGGAAUCUGAGAAGCAGGUUAACUAAUUACAUUAGUAGCUCUUCUAGCACUUUAUAUUUAAUCUAUAUUGAAAGCUGGUGCAUGCAUUCCUUUCAGUAAGACACUCUGCUCAGGACCCUGCAGCUUGAUGUUGGUAACCGCCCAGUUUUAGAGAUACUGGUGUAAUGGCAAAGAAGGCAUUAAUGCACUGAGGUCAAGGAGAUUGUACCAAGAAUUUAAAUAAACCUAACAUACAAUCGUUUGAUUAUUUUUAUUAUAUAUGUUCUACAAGUCUUUUCCAUCACUUCCUUAGAAUUCAAAUGUUACACAAUACGCAAGAUAUAUGAAAUCCUUGGUGGAUUCUAGUGCAGAGACGUUUCAGUCUUGUCUGAUUGUCUCAGUAAAUGGAGCUUGAAAUGAUACAGUUUGAUAUUAGAGAUCUCAUAUUUGUGGGAGUGAGAUGAGAGGGACCUUUGAUGAAAGAGCCUUUGGAGAGGUGUGAGGAGCAAGGUAAUAUGAAGGAAAUUCAUAAAUAAUACUUUUCUUUGCUCUCCCUUUAUGUUGGUUAUUCAUCAGGCGGCUUCAAAUGGCAUGUGCCAGGUUUACUAAGUUUGUAAUUGCAUGUUUUUCUGUGAUUUCAAAUUCUCACCUUGUGCAAAUGCUUCGUGAAUCUAGUACAGUGUGUUAACCUGCCUCUCAGCUGUUGGAUUCCAUAUUAACAUUUGGCCUAUAAUACUGCUUUUACAAAAUAAUUGUAGUAUGUUUCCUGUAAAAACAGACCCGUAUUUGGCAGGUUGGCUAUUAUUCAUGCCAGUGGAAAACUGACAAACUGGGAGGGGUGAGGGUGUUGAAAAAACAUGGAGGUUGUUUGCAGUUCAAAUUAGGGAGGUGUUAAACAAUGGUGUUGUAUAGUGUAAACACGUGAAAUUAUUAAUUGUCACACGUUACCUGACUGAAGUUACGAGCCUGUGUUUCUGAUCACUGUCCGAAUUUAAGUUCCUUCUUUCCUCGUGUAUCUUAUCAUUCAGUGUCUGGAUCCUGUUCCUAUAUAACAUUCUUUUUUUUUAUUUUCCUGUUUUGUUUGGUGAUGUUUUAGU